UACGAGAUAUAAGCUAUUAUAUUCUGUUCUCCAUUGCGCCAGAGUGUAUUCGCGGGCUUUAGGAUAUAUUCAUCAUCAUUCAAAUUAUACUUCAUUCAAUACCGCUAUUAAAACUAAUCUUAGUUAAUGGGAUGAUGGCAGACGAUGUCGGUCUCAACAGCGUUACCAUGGCUCCUCCCUUCCAAACUCAUCUUUUUGAACCAUCGCCAUCAUCAACGUCGCCGCCUCUGAAUCAACCAUUGCAGUCUUCAUCUAGGUCAUCUACCACGUCAGGGCCCAACAACUCUACUGGAGGAACAUACGAAGGAUCUUGGUCCUGGGAGCAUUUCCCCUCAUCGUUUCGGACGGGGCGUUUCGCCGAGAACGUCGAAGUCCUUAACGAGCAUACGUUAAACGACUUUUUCAAUGACGAAUUCUCGCUCAGACGCCUCGAUGAUAUCGAACCCAAGCUCUGGCGCGUCGGCUAUCCUAGAGCUCCCAGAUGCCUUACCACCCAGCUGCAACUGGGACGAAACAUCGUCCUGACAAAAGCCCUUGAUAUGCACCUCAUAUGGGAUACUGGCAAAAUAUUCAUCAAACCCCUGCCGCGCUACCUUUUGGAGGACGCGUGCUGGGGUAUUGGAGGCUUGUCCCAGGAGAUCCGAAAGAACGCAGUUGGAUUCCUUUAUACGUAUGCUUGUCUCAUCACUCAUCCCGAAGACUUCAGGAUAGCACUCGAGAAAAACCUCCUGCCUAAAGACGACGCUGGAAACGACCCUAAGUGGGCGUCUUGGCGGGCUUUUGCGACGGAGGUCUUGCGAAUUGAUAUUUCCGAAGACGUACAUCAGCGCUUUCGCCGGGGGGAACUACGACUAGAUAGGCUCAAUUGGAUAUACGCCUUAAAGGAUCUGCCAUUCCCAUCCAUCCGCCUGUAUAACAGCCCGUGGCAAAACUACACAGACUUCGUCACCUCCAAUCUUUCUUGGGUCACAGCUACCACGGUAUAUAUCGCAGUCGUCCUCACGGCCAUGCAGGUGGGACUAGCAACCGACGCGCUUAAAGACAAUGCCACAUUUCACCGAGCUUCGUACGGUUUUACUGUCUUCUCGAUUCUUUGCCCGAUUAUUGCAGCCGUUCUUAUAUUGCUGGCGUUACUGGUCUUCCUAAUUCCAAACUGGAUCCGCGCUCGGAAGGCUAGUCUUCCGCUUAGGUGAACAUCACCCGCAUGAGGCCUUUCAAAAUAUACGCUCUGGAGCCCGCCCGGGGACCCUCGAUUUACCAAAUAUGUAAAUUUUGAUAUGCUACGGACUACCUUCGAAAUCCCUGUUAGUAGGAGUUAAUUAUAGGCGUAAGGGAAGUUCGUUUUCUUUUUCAGGUAGCAAGCUAGAAAUAAGGUCUGCUCUGUGAUAAUAAUCCGAGUUAUUCCCCUUUAUACUACUAUAAUGCCAUCUCUAGAUUCUGGGUCUAUCUUAUCAACAUAUUAAUAGCCAAAUCGC